AUGUCUUGUGGGAGAGAGUUCCAGAGACGGGGGGCAGAGUGGCUGAAGGCUCUUGACCCCAUGGUGGUCAGCCGGGCAGAAGUGCUGAAGGACCUGGUUCUGAUCCCGGUUCACACCAAACCUGAUGACUCUCUGAAGGAACUGGACGAGCUGCACGACGUGGUCGACUCCAUCAGGGAGAAGUGGGGAACUGAUAACAUUAUGAUUCUGGGAGAUUUUAAUGCCGAUGGACGUUAUCUCUCCAAGAAGAAGAAGGACACGAUCCGUAUCUCCUCCGCUCCUUAUCAUUGGCUGAUAGACGAUGAUAUUGACACCACGAGUAGCAACAAUAAUGACCACACCUACGACAGGAUCGUGGUGUUCGGGGAGAGCAUGCUAAAAGCCAUUGUAACCGGAUCAGCCAAACCCUUCAACUUCCAGAGAGAGUUCCACCUGACGGACGAAGAAACUCUGAGUGUCAGUGAUCACUACCCUGUGGAGGUGGAGCUGAAGCAGAAAGCAGCGAGAAAAAGAAAAAGAAAGGCACCACCCGCCAAAGGACAAACUCACAAGAAAGGACCACAGAAGAAGAAGGCAAAGCUGCUGGAACCACCGAAGAAGAAGGCAAAGCUGGUGGCACCACAGAAGAAGAAGGCAGAGCUGGUAGCACCACAGAAGAAGAAGGCAGAGCUGGUAGCACCACAGAAGAAGAAGGCAGAUCCGGUAGCACCACAGAAGAAGAAGGCAGAUCCGGUAGCACCACAGAAGAAGAAGAAGAAAAAGAAGGCAGAUCCGGUAGCACCACGGAAGAAGAAGAAGAAGGCAGAUCCGGUAGCACCACAGAAGAAGAAGAAGAAGAAGAAGAAGAAGGCAGAUCCGGUAGCACCACAGAAGAAGUAG